CAAGUUCAGUUCCGAUUGCAAUUUAGAAGUAAACAAAUCGUAUUGUAAAUAUUUUUGAACGCUACUGCCAAACAAAAAAGUUCAGCGACGCGAAGGUGUUAAUUUUUCCCAAGAGCUUAGUGCUAAUUCUAAAGUAAACAAUUCCAACCAAAAAAACAUGGCGAUGCACACUGUAAAGCACUUUUUGAUGUUUGCAAUUAUGCUGCUUUUGCUGAAAAACUGCCGAGUAAAUGGAUAUCCUCAAGCAGCCAAGGCCACAGCGCGGGCCAGCGCUGAUGCGGUGCAAUCUAUUGGAGAUGGUGCAGGCGCUGUUGCCGUGGCAUCUUCCGAAGCCGACACUGAUCUUAAGGGUUCGGAAACCUUUGGAUUUGGUUAUUAUCCGGGCAUCUAUGGCGGUGGCCUAUAUGAAGGACGUGGAUUGGGCUACGGCGGCUAUGGCUAUGGCGGGCGUUGGGGCUAUGGCGGCUAUCAUGGAUAUAGUGGAUAUGGAGGUUAUGGUGGUUAUGGUGACGGUUUAUAUCGCCGUUCCAUCUAUCCAGUGUGGGGCUAAGACUAUGUGACUAUGAAAAAAUAUUCUUAUAUAGGCUUCAUUUCACAAGGGGAUUUAAAAGACAUUUAACAUGUUCAACGAAAAAUAACGUUUAAAAUGAUUUUAGGAUAUUUUUAACUACACCGAAACACUUUUGAACGAAUAGAAAAUAUAUAUGUAAAAUUAGUUCAUAUACAUAAUUAGCAUCACACACUGCAUAUCCUCAUUUUAACCGCUAUUUUACAUUAAAAAAUUCGAAACUUCAAGAAAUUACGACGGCUCACACGUCUUGUUAGUCUCCUAAUUAUGUAUUCCAUAUCGAAAUAAAUAAAUUUUUAUUAAAACUGCAAACA